AUCCUGAUGGAAGCAACAUCACCAGCAAAUGCACUCCCAAGCGUUUCCUAAAACCAAACGAACAGAGGCCCAUCCCCCAUGACUCCGCUUCCUGAGCAGACCUGGCUUGCCCUGCCCCAGCCCUACAAAUUCUGCCCUGGCCUCUAGAGAGCAGAGCUCAAAGAUAUGGAACAAUUUUGAGCCUCUAGGUUUGCCAUAGUUGGGGGAGGAGCCAGAGAGCAGUACUUGAAAUCUACCAGGCUGAAAUCUACCCUGACUCUUGGCUGCCUGUGCCCAGGUAGAGGGGGCCAUGGAUGGGCUCUUGCUGGGAGCAGGGAUGCUCCUGGGCUCCUACGUCCUCAUCUACUAUAACUUCAUCAAAGCUGUGCCCUGUAUGAGCCCCAUCAACCUAAAGGGAAAGACAGCCGUGGUCACAGGUGGCAACACAGGCAUCGGGAAGAUGACUGCUCUGGAGCUGGCACAACGCGGAGCCCGAGUAGUGUUGGCAUGCCGAAGCAAGGAAAAGGGGGAAGCUGCUGUCUAUGACAUCCGAAAGGAGAGUGGGAACAAUGAGGUUAUCUUCAUGAUGUUGGAUCUGUCCAGCCUGACCUCUGUGCAUUCCUUUGCCACUGCCUUUCUGAGCUCAGAGCCAAGACUGGACCUACUCAUCCACAAUGCAGGAAUUAGUUCCUGUGGCAAAGCUAAAGAAAACUUUAAUCUGAUCCUGCGGGUCAAUCAUGUGGGUCCUUUCCUCUUGACCCAUCUUCUGCUUCCCCGGCUGAAGGCCAAUGCCCCAAGCCGUGUAGUGGUGAUGGCAUCAGCAGCCCACCGCCGUGGGCGCCUGGAUUUCUCCCGCCUGGAUUGCCCAGUCUGGGGCUGGCAGCAGGAGUUACGGGCUUAUGCAGACAGCAAAUUGGCCAACGUGUUGUUCACUCGAGAGCUUGCCACCCAGCUUGAAGGCUCUGGAGUCACCUGCUAUGCGGCCCACCCAGGUCCAGUGAACUCCGAGUUGUUUCUCCGACACGUACCAGGCUGGCUGCAUUUGUUGUUAUCCCCACUGGCCUGGCUGGUGCUGAGGACUCCAAGGGGUGGAGCACAGACACCCCUCCACUGUGCCCUACAGGAGGGCAUCGAGCCUCUCAGUGGCCGAUACUUUGCCAACUGCCACGUGGAAGAGGUUCCCACCACAGCCCGGGAUGACCGGGCUGCCCGUAGGCUGUGGGAAGCCAGUGAAAAACUGGCUGGACUGUCAAAGGGGGGAUCCCAAAACACCAACCCAAAACCCGGGUCUCCACGUAAUCCCUUAGCCCAAAUUGCCACAAGCCCAGCACUCUCUAGGUUCCGAAACCUUUCGUUUCCUUUGCUCUCUGAGGGGCAGAGAACAUAGUAGCCACAUAGCUAUGGGAUGGGGGACUAAGAGCCCCAAUUAUCUCCAUUAAGGGGGCUCUGAGGUCUGCAGCAGCAACAGCAGCUGUACAAGGCUGUUAUAACCCAGAGGUAAUACUGAGGAGACACCUUUCUAGGUGAGUCCUCACAUCCAUGCCACCUCUCUGAGUCUUUGAUUCCUCAUCUUCAGAAUGAGGCAUGUUGGGCGAGGUGACCUUUAGGUCCCUUCCAGAUCUAGAUUUAGGACCCAACAGCACCUUUUCAGGUAUUCCAGAGCAUGGACUAUUCUUUUACAUGACUCCUCCCUAUGAGAGAGCAGUACUGUAGAGGAAGAUGCUGAAAAAGAGGGUGGCAAUUAGAUAUUUAUUAUACUUCAGGACCUUGAGGAGAAAUUGGGGGGGUGAAUAGAAAACCCCUGGAGGAGGAGGUAAGGAGAGACGAUUUUUGUUCUCUAGAGGCAUUGAGGUGGAGGUGAUUUCUGAACCUCAGAGGCCCUGGGAUGGAGCUGAUGAGAGGUGAUCACUGGCCUCUAGAGGCACUAGAGGUAGAGGUGAUAGUGGGCUUCUAGAGGCCCUAGAAUGGAAGUGAUGGGUGACUGUUUUUCCCUAAAUUCCUGGAGAUGUAAAUCUUGUGUGAUUUUUCACUUUCUUCCUGGGGGAAAGGAGUUGAGGGAUGAUUUUUAUCUCCUGGGAUCAUGGGAUCCAAAGUGGUAACUGCCUCCACUUGAUGUCAGUUAGCCCCAGAAUGAACUAAUGCAGGAAAGAGGAGGCGGGGAAGGAAGGGUUUCUCUUUUGUGGAACCAAUAAAGCCUAGAUUUGCACGUUC